CUAUAUGAAUAUGACUAUGAAUAUGACUUCCUAAGUAGUUCCUUUUCAGUAUGCAUAAAACUGAGACAGGAUCAUUGGAGAUUAUUGGGAAUAUUCUUUUCUGGAAACUGGGCGCAAUAUUUCCAAUAAAUGAUUAAAAAGGCUUGCCUACAUAAGGCAAGAGUAUUGGAAUUUCUUCUUGGCACCAUUCGAAUGCCACAUAGCAAAAACAGAACAAAUCUAACGUUGAUCGGGUGAUCAAUUGAUUAAUUUGGAAUACAGUUAUAUGAAGUGAGAGACUUAAUUGUGCUAGGUUGAUUUUAUCCUGUAAAGAAAACAGUAAGGUGUGUAUAGCUUGGGAGAGAAUUACAUAACAUACCAUACUUUAAAUCAAUAACGCAACGCGCGUGAUCUAUCCAAUUAAAGGAAGUGUGGAAUAAACAACGCCAUGCCGACAAUCCUGCUUCUGAAUUCGUCUUCGUUUAAAUAAUUGUGUAUUGGGAUUUGAAAGUCAAAGGAUAGUUAAGAACUGAAGUGAAGAGACAAAAACACUUAGUGUUAUGCACUGCAUUCUUGCAUGCUUGUGAUGGCAACUGAAUUUAAAUUGAUAUUUAGAAUGACUGCACGUGCAGCUGGUGAUGUCGUCUGCUUCAAACAAGAUGGUCAGAGGUUUGAUCAGACUCAUACAGUAAAAUUAAAUACUGACACCGAGUACGAUCUCAAGUUUACGCUGAAACCAGCUAUAUACGUAGAUAAAUUGAUGAUAAACGGGGAACUUCACAAGCUUGAGCUUUGUACUGAUAUCAAAGAUGAGAGCGAGGAUGUAAGGACUUAUAGGACACAGUACGAAACUGUCGGACAUGACGUCACCAAAAAAGGAAAGAGGAAGGAACUACUUUUUGUUUUAGAGCUUGAAAAUGGUGUUUAUAUGAAGAUCAGCUUACAGUGUAAGUUGUAUAAAGUAGGUGAGACGGAUCACUCCCACUGGGGUCAGAAACUAACAACUGUAGACAUGGAUUGUAAAAUGGAGGAAGGACACAAUUAUGUUACUAUAAUGAGGGAAAAGUAUUUAUGAUAAAACAGUGUUUGGUUUAUGUUGAUGCUAGUGUACUAAAUUAUGAUUAUUAUGUAGUUAUAAACAAUAUGAGAUAGAUCAAAUUGACGCCGAAGACAACAAAGUUGAAUAUUAACCCAAGUAUGUGAAAAAAUAAGGGAGAAAAACUAUGAAAAUCCAUUUAACCAGUUGGGUGUGUCAGAUAAUCGUGAUACUGAAACUCAGUUUGCAAAUAUAUUUUAUUUAUAAAUACAAGACACAUGACAAUACACAGAUACCAAACCCAAUACGGAUCCAAAAAUAUCUAUUUUGCUCUAUUGAUAUUUUCAAGACUAUAAAAAAGGACUAAGAAUUGGGUUCAUAAUGGCAUAAAGGUAUAUGGCGCUAGUGUAAUGGUUGGGCCUUGAUCUGUCGAAAGCAUGAUGGUGUCAGCAACGAAAACAAUAUUAGCUACCAUUAAAACCAUAGGUUCUUGUUUCACGAAUACACUAAGUAGCAGUAAUCAGCGAACAUGUCAUUAAUUUUUGUGCGGGCUUGUGGAAACACGAGUAAACAAAUUAGCAACGUCUUUAAUGUAUGCAAGAGACAUGUGUGAAUCCAAAACAACACAUUUUUCUUCUAUAAUAUUUGAAAUAAAAUUUCACUUUAUCUCGCGUUUUACAAAGGACAGUGACAACAUGAAUAUGGACCAAAUAUUCAUUCACUAUUGAUCGGGCAUAUAUUAUGUCUUCUUGGAAGUUCUAUUCACCAUCCUGACAUAUUUAAGAGCAAAAGCUUUUUUCCGAGUAAACAUUAGAUGCAUGAAUAUUUGAUGUUUCUUACUAAGUGGCACAGCUUUGCUUUUUAUGAGUUCAAUCGAUUGAUUAGCAGUGUUCAAUGUAACAACACACUAAAUAGCUGUUAUUCUAUAUUAUUUAUAAAAUUGACAUAUUUCUAAUGGCCGCAGCACAUAUCAGGACCCGUUUUAAAUGCCUGUAACUUACAUUUUCUCAAAGAAUAUUGUCAGUGCUGAACAAAAAUCAAAAGAAAAGUGAGUAAUGUUUAAUGCAAGAAAAAUAUUUUCAGCCGAACACACAAAUUGCAAAAUCAGCUAAAAUGAGACCCCAAAUUGUAGCGGUGGUGUAUGAUCAAAGUUUCCUUAAUAAAUUCUGUCAUGUUAUUAUUUCAUUAUGAAAAUGCUACAUACAUAUCAAGCAUAUAUCUGUCAUGUGAUUUCAGCAAAGAAAAUAGCUCUACAGAGCAAAAAUAAAAACAACAAACAACAAAACGAACUGAGGACUGUUUGAAUCCGCCAUUAUUUUUCGCGCCAUUUUCCUAUUUAGUGUCUGUAUGCAUAAAAAACAUGACAUUGAUUAACCUUAACAUAACAGGCAUUAAAACUUUAACGUUCAUUCUAGCAUAAGACUGCAGUUCUUGUCACUUUUCGGGGGUGCUUUAACAGGACAGUAAACUUGUGUUAACAGAGUUUUUCGCGCUCAAGUGCUGUUAAAACACCCUUUUAUAUAUGCGCAUUCCGCGGCUGAGCGUAAACAUAUAACGACCACAAAACGGAUAAUUCAAAAGGAAAUGACGUCAGCGUGACAAAACGACGCAGACAUCCCCGCGCAUUUCAUGUACAUUUAAUGACGUUCAGGGAUAAAAUAUUUGUUUAUUAGUGUUUACGUUUUUUAUGCCAGAAUAGCGUUGGCGCGUGUAACAUCUUCAGAAUCCCUCGGGAUACGUUGGUACCUAAUAACCCUACCGGGCUCGGGCACCAACCAAUCCCUCGGAAUACUGCAGAUGUUAUAACACAAAACAACAUGCGUUAUCUGUAUAUAACGUAGCGGAACUUUCCAGACAAAUGACACGAGAUUUUCGCAGGAUUUUUUAAAGCUUUUAUACAUUGUUGCAAAAGUUUUUCUAUUAAAUUGUCUGUUUAUAUUUGUGUUUCAUUCAAUGCUUUACUGGAACUGUAUGAUAUUUAGAUAAAAUGUUGAAAAUAAUCAGGUUAUUUAUUUCUCUAUUUUCUAUAUCAAUAAUAUAAAGACAACACAAGUGAUAUAGGACAAAGUGAAGGUUA